AACUGCGAGCAGAGCGAGAGCCGCGGGCGCCUCGGAAAACAAGGCGAGCCCAUAAACAAAGCCACGUGGCCUUGGGGCGCAGGGGAGGGGGGCGGGCUAAGAGCAGGCGGCUCUUCCGGCAACAAAGAGACGGGGCAGCGGCCCGGGAUAAAUACUGCGCUCCGGCAACCACGCAGCAUUCCCGGAGUCAGGACGCGACACUCGACCCUCCCCAGAGCUUGAGCCUCUGUGAGUGCAAGGACCCGCAGCCCUCCACACCAGUUUCCCCACUCUUGUCCCGGCCGCCGCCUGCGUUCUCCAACAUCUUCCCAGCGCUCCCCAUCCCCUGGGCAAGCCAGGCCGGUUCCUGACUGUCAAUCCGUCCCGUCCGUCCGUCGCGUCCACGCUCGGUACCAUGCCGUUCCUUGGACAGGACUGGCGGUCCCCGGGACAGAGCUGGGUGAAGACGGCGGACGGCUGGAAGCGCUUCUUAGAUGAGAAAAGCGGCAGCUUCGUGAGCGACCUCGGCAGUUACUGCAACAAGGAGGUGUACAGUAAGGAGAAUCUGUUCAACAGCCUGAACUACGAUGUUGCGGCCAAGAAGAGAAAGAAAGACAUACAGAACAGCAAAACCAAAACUCAGUAUUUCCAUCAGGAAAAGUGGAUCUAUGUUCACAAAGGGAGUACCAAGGAGCGACAUGGAUACUGUACGUUGGGGGAAGCUUUCAACAGACUGGACUUCUCGACUGCCAUCCUGGAUUCCAGAAGAUUCAACUAUGUAGUAAGGCUGUUGGAGCUGAUAGCAAAGUCACAGCUCACAUCCCUGAGUGGCAUCGCCCAAAAGAACUUCAUGAACAUUUUGGAAAAAGUGGUGCUGAAAGUUCUUGAAGACCAGCAAAACAUAAGACUCAUACGAGAACUUCUCCAGACCCUCUACACAUCCUUAUGCACACUGGUCCAGAGAGUUGGCAAGUCUGUGCUGGUGGGCAACAUUAACAUGUGGGUGUAUCGGAUGGAGACCAUUCUACACUGGCAGCAGCAGCUGAACAGCAUCCAGAUCAGCAGGCCUGCCUUCAAAGGCCUCACGAUCACCGACCUGCCUGUGUGCUUACAACUGAACAUCAUGCAGAGGCUGAGCGACGGGCGGGACCUGGUCAGCCUGGGCCAGGCAGCCCCAGACUUGCAUGUGCUCAGUGAAGACCGGCUACUGUGGAAGAGACUCUGCCAGUACCACUUCUCAGAGCGGCAGAUCCGAAAGCGAUUGAUCUUGUCUGACAAAGGGCAGCUGGAUUGGAAGAAGAUGUAUUUUAAGCUUGUACGAUGUUACCCGAGAAGAGAGCAGUAUGGGGUCACCCUGCAGCUUUGCAAACACUGCCACAUUCUCUCCUGGAAGGGCACUGACCAUCCCUGCACAGCUAACAACCCAGAGAGCUGCUCUGUCUCACUUUCGCCCCAAGACUUUAUCAACUUGUUCAAGUUCUGAAUAAUCCCAGCACAUGACAACACUUCAGAAGGCCCCUGAUUGGAUGGCUGGGAGUCCGGACACUUCAUUUGUAAAUAGCUUACAUUUUAAGCAUUGGCUUGAAACUGCGGGGAUACACAGUCAUUGAGAAGAUGUUGGUGGGAAAAGAUGCAGUUGCCAAUGGAAAUUUGCAAAUGUGAAUUUCACAUGAGAACUGGUAACGAAAAAGCAGAAGUAUUGUAAAUAGACUUUUUUUUUCCCUAACAAUUUGCAAGCAAGACUAUAAGGGCAAGAACUCUGUCAGCCAUGAAAAUGGAGUCCUCUUGAGUUCCCUAGGAAGAAAAAGGCAAAACUCAAAGACAAGAUGGAACUCUCUGUUUACAAUGUGAAAAUGUUGUUAAGACAAAAGAAGGAAGAAGGAAAACUAAUGCUAUGAUCGAGAAAUCCUUGGGCUUUGGGUUUGGAAUGUGGGUUUGUUUUGAAGAGGCAAAGAAGUCUAUCCACCUGAAAUCUGCACGGGCUUAUGUCCUUAUCCUAUGAAGAUGCCACACAAUGGUCUACCUCUAAAAGCAUAGUGUGCUCUCUGGUAACAUAGAGUAUCUAGCAGUCAGUGUCUGUGUUUCAUGUAAGUUCUAUACUCUGUGAAGUGAUUUAAGAUGGGAAGGCUGUUAGAAAAAAAAAAAAAAAAAAACCCUCCCUUGGCUCUGACUUCCUGUUCUCCCAAUCCCCCUCAGUACCUGCGCCUUUUUUCCUUUUAUGUUGUAGCUCCUGUAGGGAACCAGGAGGCCAGCUAAAGAACAGCAAAGGUCGUGAAGAGAGAAUUAGGCACCUUUGCAUGCCCAGCACUUUUGAUUUAACUCUUCCUUCUUCUAGCCUAACUUCUGGGCUUGUCUGGGCUUCCUUGGGUGUCUUCAUGGAUAAGUGGAUGUUUGGGACCUUCGUGGAGCCCAAGAACUGAGGCUUGAGACACAUUUUUUUAUGCUAGCCAGUCAAACAUUCUGCCAGCUGCUACUUCACCUCGGUGGGGCAAUGAGCUGAGGCCCCAUCUGUUCUUUUAGGUCCAACAUCAAAUUUGAGUCAUCCUGAACUGGGACUUUUCACAAGCAUGACUUAAAAGAAAGCCUGGAGUUCCCGCCAGAUAGAUGUGUUCAUCUUAAACUUGUUUCAGGACUGAGUUAGGACAAAGAGAGUUAAAAGAUAAAGGAUCCCAGGGGUUCUUGCUGGGCAGAGACACGAACACUGUGGAAGAAAGAUCUCAGGGCUUAAGGAGUUAAUUCCUGGGGUGGGUGAAAUGUUUUUAUUUUUUACUUUUUAUAGAUUAUAUUGCUUUUCUACAAUGUAUAUAUAUUUGCAAUUGUAUUUGCUUUUUUUUUUCAAUCUCCAAAUAAAAUUCCCACUACGCAUGCCCUCGGCAAAUAAGCAGAAAUAGGAAUUUUGUCCACAUAAAUGUUAAGGUGUGGUGUGACCUGAAGCAUUGAUGCUUGGGGUGGUCCCAGGAGGAGAGGAAAGAUGGCUGAGAAAGAACAGGAAGAAGGCCAGGGGCAGUCAACACCUCUUCCUUCAGUCGUUAGAGCACCCUCGGGUCAGUACUGUGCAGGCAGAUGGAGUCUGUGGGGCUCUCUGAUUUGCAGGACCUUACACCUGUACUUACACCAGAGCCGUUCUCCAUGCUCUCUUUUUCAGCACCAUCUCCUGGUGGCAAAAUUAAGUUGAAUUUAAAGGUUCAUAAUGAGAAAAGGGAUAUGUAAAAGAACAAGAUUUCUUUCACAUAGAAAAGUUGAAAGUCCACAGUUGAACCUUGGAGACUACAAACAUUGUAACAAAUAAGACUUCCCUGUUAGGUUUUGGUUUUUUGACUAGUCUCCCCAGAAUCAAUUUUACACUAGGAAUGUAGGGCCUUGAUGGAAGGAAGGAAGGAAGGAAGGAAGGAAGGAAGGAAGGAAGGAAGGAAGGAAAGUGGCCGCCACAGUGAUUCUGAGUGACAGAGUUGAGGUUAGGGGAUCAUGCCUUUCACAUGUCCUCAGCCUGUUAACAACUGCUCUGUUGUGCUGUUCAGAGAUGGGAAGUUGUUGGGACCUUGGGGUUUACAGAUCCAUCAACUUUACCAACUUUGAACUGUGCCAGCAUAACACUGGUUAGCCAGUGUCAUGGAUGGGACAGCAGUACACAAAGUCAUAUAGCAUACAAACAUCCCAGGCAACAACCUGUCCUUAUGUAAAAUGGCCCUUGCCCCAAGCAGUGAGGUCACAGCUUCUUGAAAUAUUUAGUAGGUGCCUGCAGAUUCUUCAUGACCCUUGGUGUCAUUGGAUAUGGUAUGUGACAGAACUGAAGAAUCGUUUGAAGGAUGAAAAAGAAGAAAGGAACAUGUAUUGGUCACUGUUAUUGGUUGGUAGGAAACAGGAAGGAUGUGGAAGGUGGAGAGGGAGUGGGAGAGGAGUAGAAAUGAUGUAUCUUUGAUGCUGUAUGGGGGAGCAAUGGAGAGAGUAGGGCAAGCAAGAUACCCAUAUUAGGUCAUGGCCAGAGCCUCACAUUCAAGUACUGGGAGUUAAAAAGAAAAGCUCUUAUGACAUUAAUAGUCUAUAGAAUUCCUCUUGGCAAACCCAGGCAGUACUCCCAGACCUAAAAACACAAAACCUAAGAAUUCCUGACCCAGAACUACUAGUACAAAAAAGCAAGAGGGAUGUGGCUAUAGAAAUUGCUGGGAGAAAUGGCACUGUUUCUCUGUACCUGCCUUCCCCUCCUUUGCAUGUUAGAAUACAGAACGAGAGUUAUGCCCACUUUAAAAUGAUUCAGAUAUCUGGAGAAAGAAGAGUUCUGUCCAAGCAAACUGAGGAACAUGGUCACUGGUAACUUUAUUUAAGAGCAAUCAGCUGAGAGUCUCUGAAUGAGAACCAUCCCUUAUACACACACACACACAUACGUAUAUAUGUGUGUGUGUGCAACCUUAUAUAUAUGAGGAAUAUAUAUAUGCCAGUGCUCUUGAGUCCAUCUCCCACCCACGCAUGUUGUAGACGUGUGUAAAUUCAUGAUACCCGGCAUGGGAGAUGAUCCCAUGAUGGGCAUCUGCCACAAUCCUUUUAUAGCCAGAGUCAAUAAAAGAAAAACUCAAUGUCACUGUCAACUAGACCGUGUCAUCACUACCAUUGCUUCAAGUGGGUAUCUCAGUUGAAUGGGAAGGAAAAGGUGUGACAGAAAGGAGCAGACAUUACAGGGUGGGAUCUCCAGCCCAUCAGCUGGGAGGGGCUUUCUGGUUAGUGAUCAAUUUCAGAUGGCAGUGGUUUAGAGGAGAUAUUUUUAAGGGACAAAGUUUCCACUGCAAAGCUUUCAACAGAAGAGUUGCUAUAACUGUGACCAUGAAGCCAGCUGGUGGGUGGCCUCACAAACCCUUCCCCAGGAGGCAUUGGCUAUUGACACAGCUCCUUAUUUCUGCUGUUUUAUACGGAAGACAAAAAGGCUGGGAACUUGACUUGUCUAAGCAAUUGGUAUGAUUCACAGAGAGAUAAAUCAUCUCAGGAGAUGGUUAGUGGUCUACGGCUCUCAGCAUUCGGCACACUGUUUAUUAUAAAACAUGCACCUGGGUUUGUAUUUUUCUGCCUGACUGUAGGGCAAUAACAUCUUGCUAUGCAAACACUAAAUUUUAUGUGUGAAUUUUCGACUGUAAUUUUAUGUGUGCAUUUUUUUAAACUAAACUCUAUCAUUUUCUAUGUUGACAUCUGUUGUUGGUUUGGUUUUGUUUGGUUUUUUUUAAUCUGUCUCCAACUAUCUGAGUCUGUGAACCAUCUCUCCUGACUGGAUGCUGGCUUGAAACCUGUUAGUGCUUAAACAGACUCAGAAACAACCCUGGAGCUCUGGGCAAAUGCAGGGGUGUUAUUCUUUGAUAUAUCAUGGGCCCUCCGUGGCUUCAACAAACAAGCUCAUAAUUCCUGUAAAUUCUAUGUUUUCUGUAAAUGUUUUCUUCUCAGCUCUGCUAAAACAGAGAGAGAGAGAGAGAGAGAGAGAGAGAGAGAGAGAGAGAGAAUAUCUUUAUGGUUUUCCAAGUAAAAGAAACUCCUAUCCCAGACUUUAGACCAAAAAGGAUUGUUAGAGAGAAGUAUAGACUCUAACAUUUCUGCCUUUGAAGAUGAGGAAGCCUCUCCAGAAAUGGGGGUGCAGGGGCUUCCUCUGUGCUCCCUGGGAAAUCAGCAACAAGGUUGAACAGAAACCUGAAGCUUCCUGAUGCCAGAGCUCUUGAGUUCAUCUCCCACCCAAGCACCUUGUGGACAUGUGUAAAUUCAUGAUGCCCACUGUAAUGUUUCCCAAGCUCUUCACGGUGGGAGAUAUGAGAGAUAAUCCCAUGAUGGGCAUCUACCACAAAGUCUUCCAAACCACUUAAGACUGAUUCUUCCUGGGGAAGUUAGAGUCCCUUUUUUCAUUUUCAUACCCUCUUAGUCUGUUGUGUGUACAACAUUCUGCUGAGUUACGAGGAAGUAGCCAGCAUAGCAUGCCAGUGGUGCAUGCCUGUAAUCUUUACAGAGGCAGGACUUCUAACCUGGGCUACAUAUCAAGGCCUUGUUUCAAAAACAGCAGAAAACAAAUAGCAUGUUUUAACAUAUUCAUCUUUCCCUCGGGCACUUACAUAAUUCCCUUAUAAGAACAGAAACGGACUGGGGAGAUGGCUUGGUUGAUAAAGUGUCUGCUGUGUAAGCGUGAGGACCUGAAUUCAGAUUCCAGCAUCCAUGUGAAAGCCAGGCAUGAACUUAAGUGCAAGGGGGGUUCGCUGGCCAGCCAGCCUUAAGAAUGAAGUGGCACCCAGGCUCAUCGAGAGAUCUUAUCUCAAAAAAUAAAAAUGGACAGAGAUCUAGGGAUACACCCAACAUCUGCCCCAAACACCAAAGGCAUAUGCAUGUGCACAGAAAUCCCCAGGCAUGCACCCAUAUACAUGCAAAUGCACACACAUACACACGCACACACUGACCCAGCUCCUGCUGGUACCCAUACAGGUCUUUCUUCUCCCCUGAAAUGGAAAGGUACAUUUAAGCCAUCUAUCCUCUUUCCUGCUCCUCUCUUACCAGUAAGCCCCACUAUAAGAUCCAGUGAGGUUCAUUCUGUUCAACCUUGUUUGAAAUAAGCAGAGUUUUAUCCUGUAAAGCAAGGGAUGGUGGUAGCCAUGGUUUUUUUUUUUUUUUUUUUUUUUUGUUGGCUGGGCCUUUUUCAAAGUGUCCUUGAAUUCAGCAAGCAACCCUUCUUGAGAAAGCUCUCUAAACUUAGUCUCUCUCUCUCCAUUUGGCUGGAAAUGAUGGAUGGCCAUAUCCAAACUCCAGAUUUCUGGAUGUGUCAUAUGCUUCAACAUUACAGAAUAUGACUCUGUCUUUGAGUAUAGACAUGUUUAUUAACUAUGCACAAGGCUGUUUAACAGAUGGCUCCAAGCCUUGCUCCAUACUUGGUAGCAUUUGGUACCAUCUUUAUACUACCAAAUGCCAGUCACACUGGCUAAAGAGAGUAUAUUAUAGUCCAUGUCUAAGCUUAGAAGCUUUAAAUGUAUGUUUUAAAGAAAAACAGAGUGGGUGGGUUGAACGUUUUAACUAAAUGCAUAAGAUUGGACAGAUUACAUGCAAAGAUGAUGGUUUAAUAAUGAGUAAUCUGAAUCCUGUAUAACUUAUUUGCACACCUUUUCUUGCAUGAUGAACUGACAUUUUUAUAGUUGUUUGUAUAAGACAGUGGCAUAUUUUUGUAAACAUUUUUUGACACCGAAUGGCAAUAAAUGUUUUUUCCUACAA